AUGAUUUUUAUCGGUGGACCUGACGACUGUGAAGCCUUGUCUAUUGCAUGGAGAAUGGCGGGGCAUCCAGGAACCCAAAUACAUGUUGUGAGGAUCAAUUUGUUAGGUAAGGCUGCAGAUGAAACAAAACAAAAAAUGGAAAAAAGCAAGUCUCGUCACGAAAUGUUGUCAACUAUUAUAGACAAUGUGAUGCAAAAAGAGUUGGAUGAAGAGUGUAUAAUUUCCUUCAGGCACAAGGCAUUGAACAAUAACGAUUCCAUUAUUUACUCAGAGAAGGAAGUCCAUUCGAAUACCGGCGAAGAGAUUCCAAUGCUUCUUAACGAUAUUGACAAACCUGGAUAUGAUUUGUACAUUAUUGGACAAGGAAGUGGUAAGAACUCGGUGAUCUUUUUGAGGUUGUUGGAAUGGUGUAACCAUUCUGAACCUAGUGUUAUAGGUGACAUAUUGGCUUCAAAUAGCUUUGGUACGCAGUCUUCUGUGCUUAUUGUGCAACAGUAUUUGGUUGGGAGAAAACGUGUUGUUAAAAAAUGUCAUGAAGUGAAAAGUGGUACUGAAAAUUUGUAA